AUGGAUCAAAUCAAUGCCCUCAAAGGCUAUGGCAAAGUGACUCACCUCGAACUCCAACUCGAAGAUCAGCUCCCGCCGCCGUCCAAACCAAACUUCAAAAUCCCCAACCACAAAUCUCUCCGCCUCACCAUCGCCAUCUCCGCCCUCGUCCUGACCACUCUCCUCAUCGGAUUGAUCAUCGCAGCCUCCAUCUACAACUCCACCGGCAAGAAAUCGCCCAAUUCGGCCGACGCAAUCAACAUCGUCUGCAACGUAACUCGUUACCCUAAUUCCUGCUUCACCUCCAUAAUUUCUCUCAAUUCCUCUCCUGAACCCGAUCCCGAACUAAUUUUGAAGCUCUCUCUCCAAGUUUCCCUCAACGAACUCUCCAAUCUGUCACGGUCGCUGAAAACCUUAACCGCCAACGGCGGAGGAGAAGCUUUGAAGGACUGCGAGAGCCAAAUCGAAGACGCAAUAAGCCUGGUCAAUGACUCUACAGCAGAAAUGGAAUCCGGCGCCGGCGAGAAGACGUUGACGGAGAGUAAGAUCGGCAACAUUCAGACGUGGAUGAGCAGUGCGAUGACGGACCAGCAGAGUUGCUUGGACGGACUGGAGGAGAUGGAUUCGACGUCGUUUCGGGAGGUGAAGACGAGGAUGAGAAAGUCCAACGAAUACGUGAGCAACUGCUUGGCCAUUGUCGCUAAUAUCCACGUCAUUCUUGAGAAAUUUGAAAUGCCACUUCACUAA